GGGGAGAAAGGCGGGACCUUCCUUGGACAUCCUAGAUUUCCAAAUUACGCUCCCGGUUUGCCUAGCUGUUUGCAAGCAGCUGAUUUCUGACCACCAACAUGGAGAAUGUUUACGUUAAACCCGGAAACCAGGAGCGAGGCUGGAACGACCCUCCCCAGUUCUCAUACAGCCUUCAGGUAACCCACGGUCCACAACGGAAGCUCCUGAACAAAAGACCCAGUCCAGCCACAGCCUCAGGAGUCCUACCCACCCCGCCUAACUCGUCUAACACCGCUGCCCCACCCAUGUGCGGUGUAGCCCCGCCCCCUCUCACUCAAGCUCGACCUCCAGCUGAUGGAGUAGCCACACCCCCUCCACAUGCAGGACCAAUGAAAGGCCAGAGAGGGGCAUCCAGCAGCCAAUCAGAACCUGAGUUGGAGACAGUCACGUUGGUGCUGAACAAAGCACUCGAUGCGUGUAGACGGGCCGUUAAGGAUCAGGUGUGUAAUGAUGUGGCAAAGCGGCUCCGCCUCCUGGAAGAGAGCUGGAGGACAGAUAAACUCAGCUUACCGGUCCGCAGACGCAUGGUCCUCCUGGCUUCUGACGUCCAAGCUGGUCGCUGGGAUUCAGCUGAUGACCUCCAUCGCUCUCUAAUGGUCGAUCAUGUUACUGAGGUCAGCCAAUGGAUGGUUGGGGUUAAACGACUCAUAGCUGAAACCCGACAGCUGAGUCCAGAACUCCUCGAACCACUUCACAGUGUUGUUCCACCAGUCCAGGACCCAGACCAUCAGUCUUGAUUUUACUGGUUUAGUUGCUCUGACCAUUUAGUUAAAACCCGGAUCUGGAUCUGGAUCUGGAGGUCACACUUUCCAUGUUCACUCUCGUUACUGUUGUACCAAAUCCCAGCGCCAGUCCCGUCUUUAUUAACUCAACUCAACUUUAUUUCUGUAGUGCAUUUGCACACUUCUCAUUGACCAACGCGCUGCACAUGGAACAGUACAACAUCAUAGUACAAAACAUAAAAACAGUAAAAGCUGGAGAAUCUCAUGAGACUUCAACCAUCAACUGAGGAAGCUUGUUUAAUGAAAAGGAGAAGCUGGCUCCACAGUCUGGGAGCCAGCGCUGAAGAUGCACGAUCACCUCCGCGCACUGAAGAGGAGCAUGAGAUUGCAGUAAAGCCUUUAAGUAAGGUGGACAAAAAGAUCUCCAAAUCAACUCUAACAUGAACAGAAAGCCAGUGUAGUGCAGCGAGGACAGGAGUGAUGUGAUCUCACCUUCUAGUGAAUGUUAAAAGCCUGGCAGUGGCAUUCUGCACCAUCUGCAAGCUGAUUGGCUAACACCAGCGCACAGAGAGUAGUCCAACUGACGAAGGUGUGGAUCAACGGCUCAGUCAUUAGUAGAUAAAGAUCUCAGCUUAGACAGCAAAAGAAGUUUAUAAAAGCUGUUUUUAACAACAUCGCUUAUUUGUUGGUCUUUCCAUAACAUGAGAGUCUAGACCCCCCCCCCCCCCCCCCCCCCCCGUCUUUCAGCACAGAGUUCCUGAAGGUUCCAGAGAGCCAAGUUCUAGAUAACACCACCUCCCAGAAAGGUGUGAUAGCCAGGAGUUCACUAGUGCUGUUUCUGUGCUAUGAUGGGUUUUAAAACCAGAUUGAAGUAUUUCUUGUACACCAUGCCUGUCCAAAAACACACUCAGCUGCUCAAACCUAAAAAUGGGAGUUUAGCUACAGGCCUGCCCAUGGCCAGAUCUGAAGAGUCCAGGGAGGGUUACUUUAGCAGAGGGUGGACAGUAUUACUACAAAACUGGAUCUAGAAACUGGACUCUGAAUGAUGUGGUCCUCGGCCAGCAGACUCUGGGCUACUGACACCUUUGGAGUUCUGGACGGGACUCUAUUUAACCCAAACAAAUGAAGCAGAGUUUGAUCUGAUGAACAACUGGAAUCCAGUGAGCCAUUGGAGCCCCCGUCCAGACCUGGAUCCUGGAUCAUGUGGACCCUGAACUGGUUUUUGGUUUCCUCUAAUGAAUAAACCUUUUUUUCUUCUUGA